AAGCAUGUGCACUGGAACACUUAUGUAUAUCAUCUUCGUUCGACAAAUGCUGGCAGGUCAGUACGCUUCGCUUCCUUAGACCACCGGCGAGGCUCCUGAUGUAACUGUGCAAGUGGCGAGCAGUGGCUUGCGCGGCAACUUGUUCAAAGCUUGCGUAAUGCUUUCGCCGUCAACAACCAGCUACCAAAACAGUAUUUGAAGGCGCAAAUAUCGGUCCUUCUUUGGAUUCACGACGUCAUGCAAGGUAUUGUGGAGAUGCCGCCUUCUUAACCAUGAAGCAGCUCCUGUCCUUCCCCUGACUACAUGCCACCAUGUCUUCUGUUCGUUUCAUCGCCAGUUUGCCUACACGUUUACCACGUCUCGGUGGCUUGUCCACCGCUUCCUCGCCUAUGCGCGGACUAGCUACAGCAAAGAUGCCCUCAGAAGCUUCCCCCCAGACUCUCCUUCAGGACAAAAGGCACGGGUUCGGGUUCCUCCGUUCGAACCCACUCCCGGCUAAGCCACGCAAACUCGGCGUUACGGAAAUUCGGGGGCCGUACUACUCGGCAUACGGGAAGAGGCAUUUGCAAGACGUUCUUGAGACAAUGUCCUAUCAUGUCGACGGUCUCAAGUUUGCAGGGGGCUCAUUUUCCCUACUUCCUGAGCGUGCGCUAGUAGAAAUGAUCGAGCUUGCCCACAAGCAUGACGUCUAUGUUUCUACUGGAGGUUUUAUCGAACAUGUAUUGACUCAUGCCGACGUGCUCAACGUCGUGGACAAGUACCUCAAAAAAUGUAAGGAUUUAGGUUUCGACGUCGUUGAGUUAUCCUCCGGCUUCCUCUCGUUUCCGCCAGACGAUUGGCUACGACUUAUCGAGAAAGUGCACAGCAACGGGUUGAUUGCAAAGCCGGAGCUUGGGAUUCAGUUCGGUGCAGGAGGCGAUACAUCCGCUGCCGAACUCGAGGCCGCGGGACAAAGUGACCCGUUCAAAGUUGUGAGCCUUGGCAAGAAAUUUUUGGACGCGGGUGUAGAGCGUCUGAUGAUCGAGAGUGAGGGAAUCACGGAGAAUGUAAAAACCUGGCAGACAGACGUCAUCCAAGAAAUCCUCAAAGACCUCCCGAUGGAGCGAGUCAUGUUUGAAGCAGCGGAUCCAGAAGUAUUUAACUGGUACAUCAGGGAGUUUGGCGUCGACGUGAAUUUGUUCGUGGACCACAGCCAGAUCGUGCAGUUGUCAUGCUUGAGGAGUGGGAUCUGGGGAAUGGGGUGCCUUUAUGUGGCUCCAGACAAAAUAUUUGUGUCCACGUUUCGUGUCAAAUUUUCAUUAUGAUUGUUGAGUCUGGGCUCUGGGAGGUGAGUGGU